CUCACUUUUCUAGGUGCUGCUGCUGUGACACCUGGACAGCUGUUGAAGUCUAGGCUUUUCUACUGUGCUGGGGAAAGUAUCUCUUUCUGGAAAGAUGAAGAGUGUUUGAGUGAUGCGAUCCACCCCUCUGUAGAGCAAAGUGUAGUUCCAGUGCUCAGUCUGCUUCAGAAUACAAUGCUGGCAAAAAUUAAUUUAAAAUUUAAUGCUUGGUAGAUUAAAAUAGUAUCACAGUCUUGGGCUUAGCUUUAAGAAACUUGAAGUAAAUUCCAGACCCUAUUCUGUUGCUGCUUAAAAGCUGCACUCCAUAAGUGUCUACUAUCCUGAGAGUUAUCUCUUUAUUGACCUUUGUGUGUUAGGAUUGCAGCAAGGGAGUUGUCUCCACAUUUGCUCCACAUUUUCAUUGUAUCAUUGUAAUGUUUCAUUUACUGUUUUUAUAGAGAUAUAUAUUGAGCAGAGCUGUAGGUGUAUUGAUCUGGCCCUUAACAACUGUCAAAGUUUCUCAUGUGGCCCCAUAGGAAAAUUAAUUGCCCACCCCUGGAUUAGAGAAUACAUGAGGAUUAAUGUCUUAUCUGUUAAUGUAAGCUGAUGUUUUGAUCUACUGCUAAUACUUUUGAAAAGCUGAUAUUCAUGCAAGGCAGGUAUAUUAGUUUGCAGUGUGACCUAUACAUAAACAUUUGGAUGUUGGUCCCACUGAGUUCAGUGUGGGUCUUUUUUGCAUAUUUGCAUAGGAUCUCAGACUUGCAGCCCAUUGCCAAGUGUAAUUGAAAGCCAUAGAGUCUAGCCUCAGGACAGCUAUUUGUGAGCACAACCAUAAUAGUUUCUAGACUAGAAAUUAACAACUGGUGAUGGUACAAAUUUUAGUAACACAUGAUUAGAAUGGAGAAUGGUGACUUGCCUACAGGUGGAUUUGAUUUAAAUGGAUUUAAAUCACAAGAAAGUAAGACUAGAUUUAAAUCAUGGUUUUCUGCUAAUUUGCAUGCGUGCAUGCAUUACCUGUAGAUGAAGGAACUUCUUUUAAACAUUUCCAAACUGGGUCUCCUGUACAGCCUGCUUCUAUUACAGGUUUUCUCCAGGGAAAGAAUAAUUAGAAAAACCUCAAGCUAUACAAAAGAUUCAAAGACUUGCAGAGUAUUCUGUUCAAAAGGGUUCCCUUUUAUUUUUACUGCUUGCCCCUCCCUCCUUACACUUAGCUUCUUGUUCAAAUCUAUUCCACUUCCAACAAUCUUCUUCUGUUCGCUGACUUUUUUGAAACUUAGUACUUAAGGGGUUAAGGAUUCUGUGUACCUAGAUUUGCACAGGAACAAUGGGAUUAACAUACAGUUGAGUUUUUCUCAACUUUGUAUAACAUUUUUGCUGUGAAGAAGAGGCACAUGAUCUCUGCGGGCACAAAUUAACAGUUUUGAGAACUGUAAAAUUGCCCAGUGAUCUUACAGAAACCUCUGGAAGGGCAUGACAUUGUGAAUGGAUUAAUGGAAUUGGAUUAAUGGAAUUCAUUUACCAAAAAAUGUAAACAUUGCAUGAAUAUAGUGACUCAUGCUAAAUAAUUGAAAACUAAUCCAUAUUUCUUGAUGAAUAACUUUUGGAUUAUAAAGUAUCUUAAACAGAGAAGUAUCUUAAGAUGUUUCCUCAAAUGCAUUUUAUUUUAAAAAUCUGAUUUAAUUUUUUAAAAUCCUUUUUUCUUUUGAAUCACUGCUUUUCAUCUACCUUGCUUGCCCAUUUGUUCUGGCUUGGUGCAUCUCUGAGACCAAUGUCUGAAGUGUGAAACAAGAAGCAUGAGCAACUUGCAUUUCCUGUUAUCUACAUAUAGUGUAACUUCUAAAGUUGCUCUUAAAUUGAACUUAGAGCUGUCAGUAUUUAAAGACUUUGUCAGUUAAUUCUACGAUGUUUAGCUGAGUGUUCAAUUAGAUCUACGUAUGCUCUUCACAUGAAUUCAUGAUUCUGAUGGGAAAAGUUACACCAUUACUUGCAUAUGUUGCAUCAGUCUCGAUUUAGAAGAAGCCUUCCCUCUGCACAAGAUAGAAGCAGGAAUGCCUCUUUUAAAGAGGUGUCUGUCAUCCAUUCUUUGUAUAUUCAUUGAAAAUAAUUGAUUAAAUAUUGCAGCCCUGCUUCAGCCCUGUAUUGCUGAUAAGUACAGAUGUCUUAGGGAGUUUGGGGGAAGAAGGAUAUCUAACAAGGCUAGUGAUCCCUGCAAACCAGUAAAGCAAAUUGGGAGAGGCAGGAAAAGAAAACCCUCUCCUUACAACUGGCAAGAGCCAUGAGUUGUGCUCAUAUGCUUUAUGCUGCCAGGGAAUAUGCUGAACUUCCUGGCUGGUGAAAGAGUCAAGUUGAAGGACAGUCUUCUUUGCCAGCCAAAAGGACCCACUGGUGGUGGUACACUGACCCUGAAUAAUAUAGAGUGUGUUCUGGAAUGGGUUUAUUAUAGGAAAAAAGAUCCAAGGGUGGUGGUAUGUUGACCCUAACCCAUAUGGAGCAUGUUCUGUAAUGCAUUUAAUUUAUAUUUAUUUAUUUAUUUAUUUGGGUAUUUUUAUCCCAUCCAAUUAUGACAUGUCUCUGGAUGGCUUAGAAAAGGAUCUAAGGGUGGUGCAUUGACCAUGAACCAUAUGGAAGCCAGUACUCCUUUCAAGAAAGACAGUGAAAAGUGCUUCCAUGUUACAACUGAAAGGAAGGAAAACCUAGAGUGAAGCACUCUUCCUGCAGAUCCUGCUUCCCCUUCCCUUGUCUCUUUUCAUGAAGCUUGGUUACAUAGCUUUGAGCCCCUAAAAGGGCUCAUGGUGUUGAACAACGGUAUUAAUUGGUCCUAAAGAAGAUGCAAGAGGAUGAAUGAGAGCAGGGAGAGGCCUUUAAAACCUGAAGCCCAAUUCAGAAGUGCAUCUGAGUAAGUAAAUAACAAAUAAGCAAGGUGAGAAAGGGAACUUCCAGUUGAACCAGGAUUAAAGCUACAGAUGGGUAUGGGUUUUUUGUUUGUUUGUUUGUUUGUUUGUUUUUUGUUUCUGCCUCCUCUCUUUUCAGGUAGCUUUCACAAAGUAGCUGGUGGCAUACAGCUGCUGUGACUCAGGAGAUGUUAGGAUGCUCUUGUUCUGAAACAUUGGAUCAUCUAUUUUAAAAAAUCAGAGAUCUGAAUGUAGAAACUGGCUCAAAAUGGAAGGCUAAAUGUGUAUUUUUCUCCUCUUUCAGGUUUCUUUGUUUCAAAGCUUGUCUGCAUUACCAUGAGAUGUAGAAUUACCACACUCUUGCUAAAUCAGCACAUGCGUGCUUAGAAUGAGACAAACCAAUGACUAUGCCACUGCAACAUUAUGUUUAAUGAUAUGGCGCUGACUGAUACCUAAGCAAAAAAGGGCCUGCUCUAGCUUUGUGAUGUCCUUUCUAGGGGAUCUGCACAGAAGAAAGUGCACUCGGUUCACUUCUUUCAGCUGACUAUACAGAGUGGUGUUUAAGGUGGUUUACUUGACUUGUAAAAAAAUCUGUAUUUGCUCUGAAGAGUAGUUCCCUUCCAGCUCUGAAAUUGUAUGAAAAGUUUGUUUUGAAAUCAGUCCAGAUAUUAUCAGUGACUUCCAUAGUAUAGUCACACUGAGUAAACCUUGCCUGUCGUUGCCAACAUUAUCUAUCAAUUCUUGGUUGUAAAGAGUUUAUUUUGGCUUUUUGUUAUCUUAAACCUGAAAUACAACUAGAUUAAAAUGAAGCUGAUUGCCUGGAAGGUACAGCUAGAGAGGGAGAAAACAUGUACAAUAUCUUGGCAGUUUUCUUUGUUCAGUGAGGCUGAGGGGUAGGACAUAAGGCUCUAUGGCUGGACUUUGGAAUUACACCUGCUGGCUUGUAUGAUAUCCAGAAGAGAUAAGCAGGUGGGCUACCAGAGAGCUUAGUUUCCUAAACAAGGCAUCUGGUAAAUAACUUGUACCCUGUGUAGAAAUACUUCUCGUCCAAGAUUAAGUACAACAAAAUGCUGCACAGCAACUAACUGCUGUGAUUAACAAUAUCAAUGAUGUAAUUUAUUAUAUGAAAAAGGAAAAUAUAAUCAUGCAAAACAGUAUGACAAAGUCCAUAUAUAAAGAAAGGGAAAACAUGAUUGAACUUUGAAAAUAUGGAAAUAAGGAUGAAUUUGGGGAUGUAUAAUCUGGGAAUGCACAGGGGGGAAUCUGGAGAGUGCCUAUUUCAACAGUCUUCCAAAAAAUGUUCAUGGGGUGUUAUAGCUUGCAAUGACUUUUACUAGCUUUUGUGGUCAGUUUGUCAGUUGUUUUGUUUUUUCAUGUUGAUCUUGCUUAAGCAAGCAGCACUAAAAAGGAAACAACUGACAAGCUGACUUAGCAGGAAGAACAUCUGAUAUGCUUGACCUUAGUAAAUUUUAAACUGUGGUUUAAAUGGAGAAAGAACUCAUGCUCCUUCUGAUGAAGCUUUGUCAAAAUUUCUACCCUACCAGAUGCUCAUUUCUGCAUUCUCAGAUUGUGCAUCUUUGAAUGGAUCUCCACUUGUGUAUUUUGAAAGUUUCGUCUUAUUUGUAUUUACUCCAUUUUCGCACAUGGGCUAUGUGGUGCUGUGUUUAGCAUAAUUGAAUAUUCACCACUUGUAUAAUACAUUGUACCUUUGAUAUUGUUAAUCACAAUGGGUGCUUCUUAGCAUUUUUGUGGGGUGGAACUGUAAAUCUCCAAUUAGACUUUAAGAACCUAAGUUUAUAAGGAAAGCCAUGCUGGAUUGGAGCAAUGGCCCAUCUAGUUCAGCAUUCUGUUCACAAAGUGGCAAACCAACUACCCUCAAACAGGAUAGGAAUACGACAGCUUCCUUCCACGCAAGCUCCCCAGCAGCUGAUGAACACAGGCAUAUUGUUUCUGAUAUUAGAGGGAACAGUUAGCCAUCAAGACUAGAAGCCACUGAUCACUUUCUCCUCCAUAAUUUGUCCAAUCCUUUUGUUAAAUGUCCUCCUGUGGCACAUGGUUUAGCUCUGCAUUUUCUGAAGAAGUAUUUUCUCUCCUCUCUCCUGAACCUUCCCCCACCCCAGUCAGCUUCAUGGGAUGACCCAUAGGAAUAAUAUGAGAAAGGGAGAAAAAUGUCUCCUCCACACCACAUGUUAUUUUGAACACUCCUAUCAUGUCUCUCCUUAUCUUGUUCUAAAUUAAGCAAUCCGAGUUGUUGUAACUGUUCCUCAUAAGGGAGUUGCUCCAAUCCCUACAUCAUUUUAGUUGUCCUUUUCUGCAUAUUUUCCAAUUCAAUCAUGUCCUUUUUCACCAGCCGCAACCAGAACUGUAAACAAUAAUCCACGUGCAUUCACAUCAAAACUUUGUAUAAGGGGAAUACAGUCUUGGCAGUUUUAUUUUAAGUGUCUUUCCUAAUUAUGUCUAACAUCAACUGUGCACUGGAUUGACAUUUUCAUCAAGUGGUCAACCACAACCCCGAGGUCCCUUUCUUGAUUAGUCGCCACUAGCUCAGAUCCUAUUGGCUUAUACUUAAAGUUGGGACUCUUUGCAUUAUUGUAUACUUGAUUAUGUUGGCAUUUCAUUUGCCAUUCAGAUGCCCAUUCUCCCAGCUUGGAGAGCUCCCUUCAGAGCUCCUUAUGGUUUUGAUCAUGCUAAAUAGUUUUGUGUCAUCACCAAACUUGGCCACUUUACUGCUUGCUUCUUUAGGAUUCCAGGUCAUUUAUGAAAAGGCUGAAAUAAAAUUGGUCCUAAUGCAGAACGCUGUGGGACCCUGUGGAAAGUCUUAAUAGGUUAGUGAGAUAGGACUUAACCUCGCUGAAGCCAUGUUGAUUUUUUCCAACAGAAUCUUGUUCCUUUCUAUGCUUAUUGAUUCUAUUUUAAAUGAUAUCUCUUCAGCUAAUUUACUCAGAACAGACAUUAAAGCUAAACAGCCUGUAUAUUUUUGUAUGGUGGUCAGCAAUUUUAUAUUUUAGUUCUUUAAGAACUCUAGGAUGGAUCCCAUUUGUGUCUGAUGAUUUAUUAAUAUCCAGUUUGUCAGUGAGGUUGAGAAUUUAAUCAUUUGUCACCACUAUCUGCCUUAAUUCCUAAGAUUCCAUUUCUGAAUACUUAAGUUUAGGCACAAGUAAUGGUCCUGUAUCCUCUCCUGCAGACACAGAUGAAAAGAAUUCAUCCAGAUACUCUGCAGUCCCUUAUCCUUCUUUAGUGCACCUUUAACUCCAUUAUCAUCCAAUGGUCUGACCGCCUUGAUAGGUGGUUUCCUUCUGGUACAUUUUAAGAAUUUUUUAUUGUUGGCCUUGAUGUUGUUAGCAAUAUGCUCCUCAAAAUGUUUUUGUGACUCUUAUCACCUGCUUGCAUCUCCUUUGUGCAAGUCUGUGCUCCAUUUGUUUUCCUCUGCAUAGACCUAUGUCAAACGUCACCGGAAGCUGCUGAGAAGCCCUGUGACUGAUGCAAAAAACAAAGUAGACUGUUCAUAUGCAUAUACAAACUUGGCUUGGGAGUCUCAGUCUAAUUCUUUACUAAAGAGAGCAAUCAGUUAUACUGUUUCAUUUAGAAAGAGUGCAGCUCAAAGUAUUCAGCUUUGGAAACUGAUGCGAAAUGUCAAAAUUAAGGGAUCUAGUGGUUAACAAGACAGCUGUCUAUCCCAGCACCUCAGCUUAUAUACACAAGUUUAAAUCUCUUGUACGAGCAAACUUCCUCUUCCUUUCCUCUCUCCUGUAGCCCCUCCUGACGUAUCUUUCAGAUUUGCUCUGAAGGGUUGCCCAAGCUUGCAGAACAGAUUUCUGGGAGACCGUUCCCAUUUAACUGAUGUGGCCAGGAUUGCAUACAACACAGUUCUUGCGGGUGACAAAGCACUACUUACCCCACCUGGCUCAUCUCUGCCUGAUCAGCACGUUCUUGGAAGAUGGCAUCCGGAUGUGGUUCCAGUGGAAUGAGCAGCGGGACUACAUUAACAUGUCUUGGGGAAGCGGUGCACUCUUAGCCACACUUUUUGUAUUGAUCAACAUGUGUGGGCAGCUGGCUGGAUGUGUUCUUGUUCUAGCCAGAAAGUUUGUUCCUUAUGCAUGUUUCGGCCUAUUUGGAAUAAUUUUUAUGCAGACAAUUGCAUACAGUAUUUUAUGGGACCUCAAAUUCUUGAUGAGGAAUUUGGCUCUUGGGGGUGGACUGCUUCUGCUACUUGCAGAGUCUCGUUCUGAGGGGAAGUCCAUGUUUGCUGGAGUCCCUACCAUGGAUGACAUCUCACCACGGCAGUAUAUGCAGCUUGGUGGCCGGUUGCUUCUUGUUCUCAUGUUUAUGACGCUCCUGCACUUUGAACUCAGCGCCUUCACCAUUUUCCAGGACAUCUUUGGCAUGGCACUCAUCAUUUUGGUAGCCAUUGGCUUCAAGACCAAGCUCGCCGCUCUCACCCUGGUGAUCUGGCUCUUCAUCAUCAAUCUGAUCCAGAAUGCCUUCUGGAGCAUCCCCACCUACAGGCCCCUCCACGACUUCCUCAAAUAUGACUUUUUCCAGACCAUGUCUGUCAUAGGUGGCCUGCUGCUUGUUGUGGCAUUGGGACCUGGGGGAGUUUCCAUGGACGAACACAAGAAGAAGUGGUGAAGAGGGACUCUAAACAGGGCUCAGUGGGGGAAGGGGGGGGGGGGGGGGGGGGCAGACUAUGACUUUUACAAACCUGUGUAGAAUUUUCUUCUCUUUUGAUUGAUUCUCUUGAGGUUUAUCAUAGUUCACGGUUGCCUUAUCAGGGUAGGAGAGCCUUUGCUUUCUAUCCUUUUGAGACAUGUAAAUUAAAGUCAAAUUAUAUAUAUAUUUAUAUUUAUAUGGAUUUGCUGAACUUUUCCUACAUACCCUUUGAGAUCCCAUGCCAUGGGGACCUCAGAGGUACCUCAUCUUCAGACAUAGGAGGCCAGGAUUGAAGCAGGUUGACCUUCAGCAACUUAGAAGCAACUUUUAUCUUGGCAGGGCUGAGCUUCAGUUUGUUGAUCUGCUUCCCGCCUAAGUUUCAAAGUUGGGUCUAUUUCCUUAAGUAUGCAUUCAAGAAAAUGGGGUAAUUUUAAAGAAUAAUCUUGAUUUUUGACUCCUCUUUCUUUUGAAGGAAGGAAGUGGGGAUGGGUUCUUAGUGAAAUGACCCUUAAUACAAGAGGGAUAGAGGAGGUAACACAACAGAGACCAUUUGGUAGUGGAUAGUAUACAAAAGCUUUAAAUAAAUGAAUAAAUAAACAGCAGCAGUGCUCUGCCUGGAGAGUCCCUGAACAUUCUGGAGGAAAGGAUUGCUCAGGUUCUCUGCUUUCCAGAUGGUUCUGCAAGUUCAAGUAGAAGCGCAAGUUCCCUACUUCUUAGGGAAGUAAUCCAAGAAGUAAUAGAUAUAAAAGCAGAAUGAUUCAUUUCAGUUUUAGAAGAGGAAAACCUUCCUAUGUGGUGGUGCAGUUUAAUGAAGAAUAAUCUGACACGGGAAGCAGUGGGCUCUUCAGACGUUUUCAGAAACUGGGCACAUACUGUGGGUUCUCCUUCAGGGCUGAUCACUCAUUCAGUUACAGGAAGGCAAUAUGUCCCUUAACUCACUCACUCACUCACUCACUCACUCACUCACUCACUCACUCCUAGCUAAGGGCAAAAAGGUUGGGAACAUAACCUGUUGAUUCCUUCCAGGAAACAGGAACUGUAAUUUCUAUGAAAUUAAUAACUAAAAGUGAUGCAAUGGGCAUUAGCUACACAAAGUGUUAAUUUCAUUUGGCACAUGGACGAUGGACACAUAAGGAGCAAAUAACUACACGGAAGCGCCAAAUGUUCAUGAACUGCAAGAGGCGAUGGGAGAGUGCACAGGUACUAAAAAGAAGGCAAAUUUUGUAUUUGGAAUUAUUAGGAAAGGAAUCAGAAACAACACUGCUGGUAUAAUAAUCCAUGUUUAGAAAUCUGUGGAACAUCCUCAGCUGAAUUAUGGUGUACAUCACUGGUCACUGCACCUCAAGAAGAAGAUUGCAGAGCUGGAAGAGAGUAAACAAAAUAAUCACAGGGCUAGUGCCCCUGAGGAAAGGCUACAAUUUAGGCUGUUUAGGAAAAAAUGAGUAAGAUGGGGACAUGAUAGAAGUAUAUAAAAUUGUGCAUAGUGUGCAGAAAGUGGAUAAGGAGACUGUUUUCUCCCUCCUAAUACAGGAAUUAAAAUGAGUGAUGGGAAGUUCAGGACAGGUGAAGUACUUCCUCACAUAGCAUGUAAUUAAAAUAUGGAAUUUGUUGUUGUAAGGGAUAGUGAUGGUGAGCAUCUUGGAUAGCUUUAACAGGAUCAGACCAACUCAUAGAGAACAAGGCAAACACUGGCUACUAGAAUCUGUUAUCACCAGUUCCCAGGGAGCAUGAACAGGCGGUUGCUAUUGUGCUUGUGUCCCUUUUGUGGGCUUCCCUUGGACACCAUUGACUAUUGCAGGAACAGAAUGCUGGACUAGCAUGGCUCUUCUGAAAUUCUUUGUUUUGUGACAUACAGAGUCCAAGUACAUUAUAAUGCAAUAUCAGAGGGAUCCAUGAAUAUCUGCAGUCACAGGUGAUAAGGCUAUCGCAGCUUGAGCUAUGCUAUGCUAAUUUGACACCUGUAUAAGAAAAUAAAGUCCCAAGCUUAAUUAAGUCCAAACUGAAUAGAAUCAAAUGUUGAUGGUAACAUCCUAAUUCAGUGAUUUCACUACAGCAUUUUCCUUGAAACUUUUUUGUUGGAAAAUGGUAAUCUACAGGUCAGCAGAUUGGUGAGAAAGCUUUUGAAAGGUGCUGUUUACGUAGGUCAGAUUUUUGUCUGGUCAUGCUAUGGUAAGAAGGCACAAAAGAGAUGAUGACCAUGCAACUAGCUGGGGUGUUGUUGUUUUUUUUAAAGUAGCCAGGGAGUGAUUUGGAUUGGGCCAUCAAAGGAGGGGGAAGAGGGCCUUAGUCCUGUGCUUUCACUGUGGCCCUGCUUUGGAACUGGAGAGUUUACGUCUUUCUGUAUUUAGGGAAAGGCUCCCAUUGGCUUUAGAAAACUUUCUUUUGUGAAAAUAUAAUUGUCUGGACUUGAUAAGUUGAUUGCAUUGCUGAACUGGAGUGGCGUGGAGGGAAUUACAAGCAAGAAAAUAGCAAGCAUACACAAAAUGGUGAAGUUUGGACACCAGGGAGAAAGUUCCUCCCUUGCCCCUUUCUAGGAUCAGCGCCUUUUAUGACUCGGGCUCUCCAAUAGAAUAUCUGCGACACAAGUAUUAUGCAGACCAGUAUCGCCACAGCAGAAAGUACAGAAAGCCCCAUUUGCUUGUGGAGAAGACCUGCCUUUUCCUAGCACUGCAACACAGAGCAUAGGGAAUUCUCUUCUCAUGCCUUCAGCAGGCGGACUUCAGCCUUGCAGGUUCGUUUUUCAGCUAGAACCCCGUGAUCUACCAGCUGGUGAUCAGUUUCAACAACUCAGGGAGGCUGAGCAAACAAAGUUCCUCUGAACACACAUUUUGUCCAGUGACUUGUUUUCAUCAACAGCAGUAGGGUUAAGUGAAUUAAGCACACAGCCCUUUCAAACAAAAAUCCACUCUUGGCUUUCCCCCAGUCUUUAAUUUCAGCACCCUAAUUUGAAGGUUGACUGACUUCAAGCAUGUUAUAAUCAGUGCUACAUCAGCCGAGGAGGUUAUCCCAGCAAAUGCUCCCAUUGCCAAUGAGAUGAAAACAGCUGAGGCAAUAUUUUUACUAUUCCAAUCCUUGCUGUGAAUCACCCAUAGAUCUACCAGUAGAUCCUCCUUCUCUGUGCUCUUGAUCUAUGCAGUCCCAUAAUUGUAUGCAUGCACAGGUGACUGGAUCUCCCUCCAGAAUCUUCUAGAGUGUAGGAUUCUUCCUAGGUAGAGAGCAGUGUGAUUCCACACAUGCCCUGCAGGGCAGGGCAGGGCCUUCACCUCAGAGUGCUUCAAAAGAAGAUGCUCUUAGAAGUUCCUCUGAGGUGCACACCUUAAAGUGUGCUUUCUUUUCUUUUUGGUGCCUCAAGGAAAUUGGCAGCAAUUCCCUGAUAACGGGGCUGUUUGCUGAGAUAAUGCCCUUGCUGACUACAAAGUGUGAAGCACUCCCAAGAAGUCAACCAGAAAAAGAGAGAAAGUAUUUUCCACGAUGCAUGGAUACCUGGUAAUUGUAACUCAGACCCUUUCCUCAGGAGCCCAGAGCCAGUGCUGCCUUUAGGACUGGAGAGCUCUUUGGUAAGACACUCAAUGGCUCCCAACUUUCUCACUGCUGUUGUCACAAACUGCUCUUGCUCCUCGUGCUUUCCCAUCUUUGCUGCUGCUUGCUGGACAGGCAGAGGGCAAGGGAGCAAGCCAGCAGGCACAUCUCUUGCUCCUGCUCUUCCUCACCACCACUGUUUUCUGACCCAGGGCAAGAGGCAGGGGAACAAGCAGGCUACUGUGUUGCAAAGGAGCAAGCCCAGGGGGCCCUGGGGUGCAGGCCGAUAGCAGGUGGCUCGGCCAGCAUUCGUGACAGGCCUUUGGCUACUUGUCUCCUCCGGUGCUUUAGGGCACACCUCUGUCCAUGUUUAGGCAGAAAAAGGCCCUACCAUUACCAACAUUUCCCAGCCAGCCAUACUGUUGGACUUGUGCCAAAUGUGCCACAGAUUACACCCUAAAUCUACAAUGAUUUCUAGACCACUUUUAAGGAUAGUCUCCUUAAAUCUAAACAUGUUCAAGUUUUCAACCUUUCCCCUUUUUCUAGGAGUAGAUUGGCUUACUUUACUCCUGAUGCUGGUAUUUUCUUGGAGCUAUGGCAUGAUUUUUUGCCCAUAUUCGUGGCUGCUUGCAAAAUAUGAAACCACCCCUGAAAGAUGGCCAACAUGCACUGUGCUCUUCAGGGGCAAAGAUUUAAAGCCAUGACAAGUUGUUGACAUCUUUUGGACAGCUGAAAGUAGGGCUGAGAGAAAAAAAAUGGCUCCUAAUAUUCUCUGUGUGGGUGGGGAAAUGGUGUGGGAGAGGUAUUUUGUCAAAUACAGCAGGACCCCAGUAUCUGCUGUCUCAAUUGCCAUGGUUUCACUUAACUAAGGUUGACCACCAGCCCUCCACAUUUUCAGGAUUAGGGGCGCAAGACCCCCACGGAAGCAGAAAAACUGCAAAUAUCCCUAGGAAACUAAAUGCACUGUUUGGGGAUGCCAUGCUCUUUGUCUUGGUACUAGCCAGCCUCACUCAUGUGCUGUGUCUCUCAGUGAGAGUAGAGGCUCUAGAGAUACUAACUUUCCUCCCACUUUUGUGGGGGUCUUGCACUCCUAAUGUAGUGUUUGCUACUAUCCGCAGUUUCAGCCAUCCCCUGCGGGGCUUAGAACCUAUCGCCACAGACAUGGAAGGCCUGCUGUAUUCUCUCUGACAAGAUGGAAUGCUCUAACAUGGGCUGGAGAGACAAGAAUAAUUUUCUUAAACAUUUUGGCUUAGUUAACACUUUUGUUAUUUCAUAGUGGUAGAUGGAAGGAGACAGUGGGCUGAGACAGGAAGGCCUGGCACCAAGCUUACUUUCUUUUUGGCACCAAAUUAAAGGUUUGUUUUUGGGUUUUUUGCUCAGACGGUUUAAAGAAUUUAAAUACUGUAAACAUUUUAAUGAAUUUCUUAAAUGUAAUGUUUUUAUUUGUUCUGUUGGUUGAAAAGUUGUUGUUUGGCCCUUAAUUUAUGAUUUUUUAUAUUAGACUUUUUGUUUUUGCUUGUUUGUUUUUAAUGUUGUGUAUGCCACACUGAAAUACUUUGUGAAUGAAGGGCAGAUUAUCCAUUAUAUUAAACAUUGUUUCUGUUUC